CGAUUCGUCUGUCUCCCUACCCGUGUGCUCGCAAAUACUCAUGAUGUCGCUGGUUCGGGCGACGAGACUGCUCUCGCGAUUCUCUACUGGCCGACCACCAUUACGAGCGCGAACGCUGGCGACCUCGUCUCCAGGCUCAUGUCCUCCCAGACCCAGGUUACUCACCACACGUCGAAUGGCUGCAGCUGGGCUCAUCUCGGGCGCGGUGCUUGGAACGUCGCUGCUCGCCCCCGUCGUGUAUGCGGAUGCGGCGGAGGACGCGGACGUGCCAGGGAAGGCGACCGGGCGGAGCUCACCAGGGGGCGGCACGCCGCUGUCGGCGCUGGUGAGGACGUACGUUGUGUACUCACUGUGCUCUAUCCCCCCGCUCGUGGACUGGUCGCCCGUCAUUCUCUCUAUACUGCUCGCCAUCCCGGGGGUGAAGCAGAUUACCGAAGUCGUCGUGCGCUACACGUUCUUCAACCAAUUCGUAGGUGGGGACAGCGCGGAAGAGGCUAUUCCGGUGCUCGAGCAGCUCCGCGCGGAAAACAAGGGCGUGCUCUUCGUGUACAGCGUCGAGGUCGACGAGAGCGCACCUGCAUCCGCGGCGCCCGCCGCGCUGUCCGCGCACAAGCAGAUCGUGAGCGAGACGCUGCGCUGCAUCGACGUCGCGGCGGACUUUGAGGACAAGCACGCGUCCACGGACGGCGGGAAGGGCACCUGGGUCGCCAUCAAGCUCAGUGCGAUGGUGCCCGACGCGGAGGCGCUGCGGCGGCUGUCGAAGCACCUCGUCGACACGCGCGCACCGACGACGCCGCGCGUCGCGUUCCCGGGGUGCCCGCGCGCGAGCGACCUCGACGUCCUAUCUGCGCCCGCCGGGAGUCUCUCGGAAGCGGACGUCGCGGCGCUGUGCGAGCUGCGGGACGACCUCGCCGCCAUCUGCGAGCGCGCCCGUGCACGCGGGAUCAGGAUCACGGUCGAUGCGGAACAUAGUUGGUACCAGCCCGCCAUAGAUUCGUUCACUCUGGACAUGAUGCGCACGUUUAACAAGCUUCCUGCGCCGUCGAAGAGCUCCUGGUUCUCGCGGAGAGAGUCGCCGAUUCCUUCCGUUGAGACGCAGCCACUAAUCUAUAACACGUUCCAAGGCUAUCUUCGUCGGACGCCGGAAUACCUUGCUCAGAGCAUCGCAGAUGCGCGCGCAGGCGGUUACGCGCUUGGCGUGAAGCUCGUCCGCGGCGCAUACCACCCGCACGAGAUGGAGGUGCACAAGGCAGCGACCCAAUCGCGCAUCGAUCGCACCACACCCUCAGGUACACAUGAGCUCUCGAUCUCGCCCGACAACAUGCCGCCUGUCUGGCUUGUGAAGGAUGAGACGGACACCUGCUAUGACGAAAGUGUGCGGAUGCUUGUGCAGCUUGUGCGCGAGGACGCGGAUGCCGUGGAGAAGGGCGCGCCAGGUCCGGCGAUCGGGGCGUUAUUCGGGACACAUAACUGGGAGAGCGCGAAUUUGGUGAUUGACGAGCUCGUGAGGCAGGGGCUGGCGACAAAGAUGGGUGAGGGCGAGAGUGGGAGCGUGUGGAUCAGCGAUGCGGCGAUGAAGCGCGUCGUGGUCGCGCAGCUUUACGGCAUGUGCGACGAGCUAACGGACCAUCUGGUCCGCCGUACUCGCACCACGUCUCCGUUCGUGCUGAAGUACCUGCCGUACGGCAGUCUCGCAGAGGUCAUGCCGUACCUCAGCCGCCGCGCGAUUGAGAACAAGUCGGUUCUCGGGAACGGCGGUGCUGCGAGCGAGCGGAAACGCGCUGCGUCGGAGAUUCGGGCGAGGCUGUUUGGACAGUAAGCACCCGGCGGCAUGAGGUGUGUAGAUAUCGGUGCUGGAUUGAGGCUCUGGAUUUCUUGGACGAACCCUGGUUUGUUGGAUAGAUCGUAUACUAAGAGCUGCUGCUGUAGACUCAGAGUACCUUCGACUAAUUCCCAAUCUUCGCU